GCAGAGCCCACAGUUCGUACCAAAGACCACAUUUGAAUGUUUCUGCUCCUUGUUCUCCAAUAAAUGAUGGAAUAAAGGGUGAUAUGAGAUGUUUGCAAUAGCAAACUGAUAAAAGAAGAAGAAAAGACUGUAGUUGAACAGCUAGUCCUUCCCUGCUGGCUGCAUCGUGGAAUACGGGGCGUGUUCGGAGGUUGAGCUCCCCGAGGCCGCCGGCUGCAGAUGGAGGCCCACCAACACUCCCCAGAUAGCAGCAGUGAGGAGUGCACCAUCCUGGAGGCUCCACCUGGGAAAAACACCUGCUUGCUACAUGUAGGAAAGGUGACCCAGCUCUACUGUUCGGCCUGUGAGUGUGCUUUGUGUGAGGACUGCGUGUCAGGGGACCAUGCAGACCACCCAAAGGUGCCCCUCAGCCAGGUGCUGGAAGAGCACCGUGGCACCCUCCAGGAGAGGCUGGAUGCUGUGAAGAAUAGGAUCCCUCAGAUUUCAGGCUCUCUGUCCUUGGUUAAGGAGAUCCUCGAACAGCUGACCAACCAGAGAGCUUCUAUCGAAGAGGACAUCCAAUCAAGUUUUGAAGAUUUGCACAAACAGCUGGAUGUGAGGAAGAGUGUCCUGUUGAUGGAGCUGGAGGUCACAUGUGGACUCAAACAGAAGGUUCUUCAGGCUCAAGUGCAGAGCCUCUUCCGUGGAGAGGAGGACUUGACAGCCACCUGUGUACAGGCGGAGGAGGUUCUGGAUGGUGAGGUGUGUGCAGCAAGUCUGCAGGCUGAACAGACUCUGAAAGAGAGACUAGGGGAGCUAGCCAGCCUCGGCCUCCCAUGCCAGCCAGAGGAGAACGACCAACUGGACCUCAUGAUGGAAACCGAUGGGCUGAGGAAGUCCAUCCACAACCUGGGGACCAUUGUGACAACCAGUGCUGUGGCAAGCCAAAGUGAGGCCAUGGGUGCAGGCCUGGAGCAGUGCAUUGUGGGAUAUCCUUCCUCUGUUACUAUAGUGACCAGGGAUAAAACAGGUGGCGCUUGCAAGAGUGGCAACGCGAUUCUGUCAGCAGAGGUAUUCACACCAGAUGGCAGCAUAGUCGAUGGCGAAAUACUUGACCACAAAAAUGGAACUUAUGAGUUUGUGUAUACGGUGCCAAAAGAAGGUGAUUUCUCAUUGGCUCUCCGUCUGUAUGACCAACACAUCAAAGGAAGUCCCUUCAGACUGACCGUCACCAGAGCUUCAGAAGUCGAGGUGUCUCCAUCCACCACAACAGCCACCAACUCAGCAGCCAAUGCCACUCCAUCCACGGGCUCCUCUGAAGGGGCUAAGAGACGAGGGAAGUCCCCCGGACAGAAGAAGAAGGGCUCCAAGAGGGCCAGCAGUGCUCUGGGUACCCCUCGACGCAAAACCCAAAACCCAAUAGAAGAUGACCUCAUCUUUAGGAUUGGAACAAAGGGGAGGAACAAAGGAGAGUUUACCAACCUUCAAGGAGUGGCUGCUUCCCCUAAUGACAGAAUUAUAAUUGCUGACAGCAACAACCAGUGUGUACAGAUUUUUUCCAACCAGGGUGAGUUUAAGAGUAGAUUUGGAGUACGGGGGCGGUCUCCAGGGCAAUUGCAACGGCCUACAGGUGUGGCUGUACAUCCCAGUGGUGACAUCAUCAUUGCUGACUAUGAUAACAAGUGGGUCAGCAUCUUCUCCUGUGAGGGAAAAUUCAAGGCAAAGCUUGGCUCUGGUAGGCUGAUGGGACCAAAGGGCGUGUCCGUGGAUCAGAAUGGUCAUGUGAUUGUAGUGGACAACAAGGCGUGUACCGUCUUCAUCUUCCAGCUCACCGGAAAACUCAUUACUAAGUUUGGUAAACGAGGCAAUGGCGACAAACAGUUUGCAGGUCCACAUUUUGCAGCAGUGAACAAGAACAACGAGAUAAUUGUGACCGAUUUCCACAACCAUUCCGUCAAGGUUUUUACUCUGGAGGGAGAGCUCGUGUUAAAGUUUGGCUCUAAUGGUGAGGGAAAUGGCCAGUUCAAUGCUCCCACUGGUGUCGCUGUGGACAUUAACGGAAACAUCAUUGUAGCUGACUGGGGCAACAGCAGAAUACAGGUGUUUGACGGCAGUGGUUCCUUCCUGUCCUACAUCAACACUUCAGCGGAUCCUCUCUAUGGUCCACAGGGACUGGCUCUGACCUCAGAUGGACACGUCGUCGUUGCAGAUUCUGGAAACCACUGUUUCAAAGUCUAUCGCUACCUACAAUGAUGGAAGGAUGGGCGGAGAGAAGGUGGAGAGUCUGGAGAGCUGGUCAUAGAAGGAGAUAUGGUGC